GCAGAGUAUGGCCGAUUUCAACAAGAUCUUGGGUGCGCAAUAGGGUCGCACCUGAAGUGCAGGUGCGACAAAACUCCCAAAAUUUCUCAGGUGCGCCAACCGGCCCAGCCCAAGUGCACAUGUUUACGCGAGCGGCCAGCGCAUAUGUUUGCCACCAUUGAUUGCCACUAGGUCGUGCUUUUUCUCUGUUCUGUUGGGAUUGUUGGGAUAUCACUUUGAAAAUUGAAAUGGCGGAGGGUUGGUCUUUCCUGAAGAGACCUUCCUCAAGCGAAUGUAGCUCAAACAGUAGAAAAAAGAGGGUGAGAGAUGAGAAAGAUCCACAUGUAUGCCUAAAGUGUAACACUGGCAAAGUGCUUGCACGUGGUACAAAUUCAUAUAAGCAACGACACUGGAAGCAAGCUCACAAGGAAGAUCAAUCAAAUCUAUAUAGAAGCAUGAUUGUUCCAAUAAGCAAUAAAAGGGCACAAGCACUGUUGAGAAGUAAAGCAACUGCAUCAUCAAUCUCCGCAUCCAGUUCAAAUUCAAACGAGAAAAGUGAUACUGAGUCAGAUCACUCAGAUGGAGAGGAAAGUGAGUCUUCAGAAUUUUCUGAAUUUAGUGAAAAGCAGUCAUCCAGACCACUGAGACUAAAAGAAAAGGAUACUACUCAGGCAAAUGAUCUCAUACUAAUAGACAACUUGUCUUCUACAUUGGAAGCUGAGCAAAGUUCUAAAAACAAACCUUCAGUUCAAUCUACAUUGUCUUCGUUUGCUGUCACCCCCAAAAUACCAGAAAUCACAUUGGAAGGAAUACAAUGUGGCAUAAAUGAAAUCUUGAUGAAAGUUGAAAACAUCACUCUGAAGGACAACCCACUGAAAGAAAGCUUAGAUCAGUUUUCAUCACCUGAUGUUACAAUAAUAAAAUCUGCAAGCAAUCUUUUGGAGAUUUCUCAUGAGGAUGUGAAGAUUGAGAGAAGUGAUAAUGGGUGCCGCGUAACAUGUGUACCAUGUCAUGAAUAUGCUUUGUCCAGGGCUGGAAAUUUGCCUCUAAACAAUUCCUGGUCUAUGGGUAUGGUUUAUGGUAAAGAGAAAAUGGAGAAGCUGAUAAUUGGCUCAUGCCAAGACUGGUACAACUUUAAAACCUCAUUAGUUGAACACAUUAUCUGUCAUCCAACAAGAAGUUCUGGUCAGUAUCACCUGAAAGCAAAGCAAUAUGCUGCAAAAGAAAGAAAAAGACAUGCCAAAUGUGUUGAAGUCAACAGUAAUCUUAUUGCUGCUGCCAUUUCAGUAUGUAAAAUGAAAGCUGCUGCAUCAUCAUUUGAGAAAUCAAUAGCUCUUCUGUCAUUCUGUGGUGCUGAUAUUGGGGAUAUUGGACAUGGCAGAAAUCAGUUCCCUGAAAUUAUUCAUGCUGCCUACAGUUUUAUCAUUCAAGAGACUGCAGCCUACCUUAAAAACCCACUUCCAUCUACUGGGUUACCUCCUCACUUUAGUAUUGCUAUAGAUAAGUCAACUCCCCAUAGGGAUACUAAUCAAGCAGUAAUAUUAAUUUUACCUUCGGAUGGAAUACGCGUCGCUGUGCCUGUUGAUGCCCCUAUUGUGUAUUCCAUCUCAGAGGACACAAGAACUGUGCAAGGAGGUGAUCAUGACGAAUUAGCUAAACAAGUUGUGAAUGUGAUUUCCGAAAAACUAAAAAUCAAUCAGAAGCAGUUACGAUUUCUAAGAGCCCUUCAUGCUGAUGGCCAAUAUCAUACCGGAAAGUUUCAGGAUAAUCUUUAUCGCCUUAUUGGAGAAGUUGAUUCCCCUGUUGACCCUUACUUUUUGCUUUCGUGGGAUCCUAGUCACUGGAUGGACUUGGUCAUGGUUUUUCUCCGUGAAGAGGCAUCUUCAUCAUCCUUUUUGAAGAGGUUGAUCAAGCGAUCAAACCGAUUCCACUCCAUGUUUGGGAGCGGUAAAGGGCAUGUUGAAUACAAGGGACUUGCUUCAUCUUUAGGCUUGAAAGCUUUAGAUACAGUAACUUUUGCAACUACUCGAUUUACUAGCUCGUCUUACGAACAAUGGGAGAAAAUAUAUGAAAGCUAUGAAGCACUUGUUAGCGCGUUUGUUCAAAACAGGGAAAAUUCGCAAGAUGAAGACGAAGAAACAAAAUACCAGGUCCGGGGAAGAGAUUAUGCAAUUGAUCUAUGUGGAACACUAGAUGUGCUGAAACCAGCAGUCACAUUGAUGAUUCGUUGCCAAGGUGUCAAUGUUCCCCCGUGGAAAAUUGUUGGUUGGUUUGCCAAAGUGAUCAAAAGCCUGAAUCUCAUGGAAGCAAGUCUCAACGAAGUCCUGACAGGAGGCCAGCCUGACAAAGAUCAUCUGCCUAGAAUGAACAAACACUGGGAUGAACUUUCUCACGAAGUAGCGCAGGACUGUCAUUUUAAAGGAACUCCCUUACUUGAAGGGUGGUUAGUUACUGGACAAGAAACCAUAGAGCACCAAACAGCAUCAGGGACUGCCACACGUUCCACAGUUUACAACUGGACCGCUAGAACACCUUCUGAAUGCAUUGAGGAUCUCAUCAAACUGUGCACAGAGUUAAGAGAAGGUUUGGAGUCACGAUACAAUAAAAUUGUUCCUGUGGAACUGCACACGCUUUUCGAAGCAUUUGAUUUGGAAGAAGUUUUGUGUGGGCUUACGCGUUUCAACUAUGAUGAGGAGCAAAAUACAAUUGUGAUUGACAUCAACGAUCGUAUUUCCUGGGAAAGAAAGGGAAUGGAAGAGUUUUCCUUAUUCUUUGAGCAUGUUUGUUCUCUCCCGCAAGUUAAAGACCACGUCCGAAUUGAUAUGAACUCUAAUCUCUUCACCCACAGCAGUCAGCUCGUGGCGAAUCAACUGAAAACUACUUUAAAGAAGUUGGUGUGGGAAAAUCUUGGAGGUGCUGCAGUUGAUAUCUUUCUCAGCGUGGAUGGAAACCCUGUUGAUGAAUUUAGUCGUUCCCAACUUACCACCAUUUCCGUUGUGGAGAAGAACACGUUAGAUAAAUGGUUCAAACUAGAAUUUACAUCUGGCAAAUCAGUUGAUGCAUACCUUGAUGAACAAGCUACCAUCGCCCUGUUUUAUAACAAUGCGGAAAUUUACAACACACUGGGACAAGAUGCUUGUAUAGUGUUGGACAUUGCGUUGGCAUCUUCAGGGUGUGAAGCUAUUGUUGAAGGUUUUUAUAGCAUGAUUAAAGCUCACGCAAAAUCUGGCCCUCAGUCUAAUAAAGUUCUUAUGGAAAGAGCAGUUGUAGACUGGACAUUGCCCAAUCCAAUAGCAUGUCCAUCUACAAUAUCAAAAAUUGGCAUGUUGUACACUGCCGGAAACAAAGACCUUGGUAUCCGAAAGCAUCGAUUACCUAGAUUCUUCGAUGUGCGAGAAAGAACAGCUAACAAGUACAAUGUUAGCAAAGUCAUUGAUAGGCAUGCUGCAGAGAAACCAAGAUGUUCAUUUCUCGUUAAAGAAUAACUGAAUAAUAAGCAAAGACUAAAAGACAGAGCAGAUAAAACUAAUUAACUAAAGCACUUAACAGGAAGUUAAUAAGAAUGAGGAAAACAUACUUUGAUAUUAUUGUGAAUAUUUGUGAUCUUUCACCAAUCAUUAUUGAUUAAUAAUACUAACAUAAUAAAAUGAUUAAAAUCCUACAGAUGACAGGGUACUGUGUACUUUCGUUUUUUGACCAUGAAAUAUGACUCGCAUUAACUAUGACUCCAUUGGCACCAUUGCAUGUUCAUAGUCCAUACUAAACGACUAAUUGACAUGGCAAUGCUGCCAAGGCAGAUCAGCAGUAAAUUUUGAUUUCAGGGCACUCUUGCCACUCUGGAGUCUGGACUGGAAGCGCGCCCACGAUACGGGUAAAGUAUGUCAAGUGCGCAAUAUUUUUUUGGAAUUUCGAACUUGGGUGCGCCAUUGCCACACUCUGCA